UUUUAUUUUAUGUCACGCGCAUAGCUUAUCGACUACGUUGUAUUGUAUGAAAGCGAGUGCUAUUAUUUAUGAAAACUCGCAUAAUCGAUCCUAUAUGUAUUGCAGUUGUAAGUUAAAAAUAAAAAACAGAAAAGGAUGUACUUUGAAUCUAUACCUCAGUUAACAUAAAAAAAGUUAUGAAUAAUCACUUUAAAUAAUCACGGUUAUCAACAAAAUACAGUCAUAAUACCAAGUAAACCAAAAAUAUAUUAAAAUGUCAUCAACAUUAAAAACGUUUGAAAUAAAAUUAGAUAAUCCAACUGCAACGUAUGGAUCGGGAACGAUAAUUACUGGUCAAGUGAUAAUUGAUCUCACUACAGCAAAAAGUAUGCGAGCGCUUAAAUUAAGAUUCAAAGGAAGAUGUGAAGUAUAUUGGGAAGUUAGAUCUGGGAAUGGCAAAACUGUAACAACUACUCGUUUUAGAGGAGAAGAAGAAUAUUUUCAUAGUGAUCUAUAUCUUUUUGGAAGUAGAGGCGGUGAUACGAUCGAAAUGUUAGCUGGUCAUCACGUUUUUCCAUUUACCUAUGCACUCCCACGAAAUAUUCCAAACAGUUACAAGCAUAGUAUAGGUUAUGUCGAAUAUUCUAUCAAAGCUAUAAUAGACAGACCAUGGAAAUUUGAUCAUGACACGACAAAAAAUUUUACUGUAGAAACACCAUUUGAAUUGAAUCCAGAAUCUCACUCGAUGAUCGGGAUUAAUGAUGAAGAGAAAGAGGAUUAUUGUUGUAUUUUACCAUGUAUCAGUAGAGGAAGUACGCUUUAUAAUUUUCGAUUGCCAAGAACUGGGUACGCUUGUGGUGACGUCAUUCAAUUGACAGUUAAUGUUACCAGUCAGUCAGAUUCUGUUGGAGUUAAUAAGAUUAUUGCAAAACUAUUACAAAGAUUAGAUUUCCAUGCAUCAUCAAGAACGAACUCAGAAACAAAUGUGAUAGCACAAAAUAGUUACUCCGGUCCGUUUGCUAAAGAAUGUAGUGUGAAACUUGGUCUGCGAGUGCCGUCCAUUCCUUCGUCAAAACUUCAAUAUUGUAAUCUUAUAGACAUAAGUUAUGCACUUCAUAUUGAAAUGCAGGUUUCUGGAUUUCACUGCAAUACUCAAAAAUACUAUGACAUUUUAAUUGGAACAAAACCUGCAGUUAUGAUGACACAACAAGUUGAUAAUCCAGUUUCUCAUUUUGAAACACCAGCAACUGCACCAAUUGAUCAUUCUCCAUCGGCCGAUCCUACAUCAGCAUUUCAAAAUUCAGAUUUUUCUACGCCUUAUCCAGUUGAAUCUGGUCCAAGUCAAUAUUCACGAACAGCUGCUCCCUAUCUUCAUCAAUUAGGUAGAGGAUUUACACAUCAAUCCUCGUCUAUUUUUCAGCCUCCUCAAAAUAUUGAAUUUACAUCAUCAAAUCAUAUGUCACCACUUAAUUAUCCACUAGAGCAACUUCCUCCUUCUUAUGAUUCUGUAAUUGCUAGUGAUCACAAACAAUAAAAAUAAUUCAAAUUAUUUUUUAUAAAAUAUUUUACGCAAUCUUGGCUGAAUUUUACUAACUUUGCUAUUGCUGUUGAAGAAAAUUAUAAAAAUAUUUAUUGUAAAACUUUUAUUGAAAUAUGACUCUGAUAUUGCUGUGUGGUUGUGUGUUAAGACGCUACGUAUUUGAAGUACUAAAUAUAAUUGUGAUAUGAAUUGUGAUGAAUUUCAAUGUAAGAAACAUUAAUUUAAGAUUAAUUAAUGAAAUCGAACUGACAUGUAAAAUGAAUUAGACAAUAUGGCAAUCAAAACUGUUGAUAAUUAUUAUUAUAAAUU